CAACACUUCCCGACGCUCUCUCGAAUGGCAUCUGCGACCAUCGAGUACUCCUCUCACGCCCCGGAGCCAGUCUCCUAUCCUAGACUAUCAAAACACUAUCUCCUCCCUUCUCAGACGCCGGACUACCUGCGCCUUAUCCUCACCGCCAAAGUCUAUGAAGUGCUCAAAGAGACGCCUCUCGUGCCCGCUCCUAAUCUCAGCGCCAGGAUGGGAAACCAGAUCUACCUCAAGCGCGAAGACCUUCAAGAGGUCUUCAGCUUCAAAAUCCGCGGUGCUUACAACUUCAUGGCGAGCAUCCCAGAGGAAGAGAGGUGGAAGGGCGUCGUGACAUGCAGUGCCGGGAAUCACGCCCAAGGCGUCGCGUUGUCGGGGGAAAAACUGGGCAUUCCGUGCACCAUCGUCAUGCCCCAGGGAACUCCCACCAUCAAAGUUCGUAACGUCUCUCGCUUAGGCGCCAAAGUCGUCCUGCACGGGCUGGAUUUUGACGAGGCGAAAGCCGAGUGUGCACGACUGGCGUCUGUUCACGGUCUCAUCUUCGUGCCCCCUUACGACGACCCGCUUAUCAUCGCUGGGCAAGGCACAGUAGGCCUGGAAAUUCUGAAGCAGCUUCCAGGCUCGGAACACCUGGAUGCUAUUUUCGCCGCCGUGGGAGGCGGUGGCCUCGUGGCAGGCAUCUGUGAAUAUGUGAAGAGGAUUGGUGAUCCGAAUACAAAGGUCAUGGGCGGCGAGACGUUCGACGGGGACGCCAUGGCUAGAAGCUUAGAGACGGGCGAGCGGGUCACUCUCGAAGAAGUCGGUCCCUUCAGUGACGGGACGGCCGUGAGAAUUGUAGGGGAAGAGCCUUUCAGGAUCUGCAAGCAAUUGCUAGAUGGCAUCGUCAAAGUGGACAAUGAUGAAAUAUGUGCGGCUAUAAAAGAUAUCUUUGAAGAAACAAGGUCCAUAACAGAACCAGCAGGUGCCCUGGCAGUCGCCAGCCUUAAACGCUAUAUCAUCGAUAACAAUCUUCUUGGCGCGGGCAAAAAAUUCGUCGCUGUGGUGUCAGGCGCCAACAUGAAUUUUGACCGUCUUCGGUUCGUUGCGGAACGUGCAGAGCUUGGUGAGGGCCGUGAGGCCCUGUUAAGCGUCGAGAUUCCCGAAAGACCCGGCAGCUUCUUCGCGCUACACACGAUCAUUCAUCCUCGUGCUGUGACCGAAUUUAUUUAUCGAUACAAUUCUCCGAGUCGGGCCCACGUUUUCUUGUCGUUUAAUCUCGAGACGCAUUCACGUGCCAAGGAGGUUGCGAACGUCUUGUCAGCUUUGGAGCAACAGGACAUGAAGGCUUAUGAUAUCAGUGACGACGAGAUGGCCAAAAGUCAUGCACGAUAUAUGAUUGGCGGUACCUCAGGGGUGGCAAACGAGCGUCUCUUCAGAUUCCAAUUCCCUGAACGGCCUGGCGCCUUGCGUAAAUUUCUGUCAUCGCUUCAGAAAGGAUGGAAUAUAUCACUGUUCCAUUAUCGCAAUCACGGAGCUGAUCUCGGCAAAGUCCUCGCAGGCAUUCAGGCUCCUCCAGAAGACUCUGCGCAAUUUGACCUUUUUCUGAAGGAAUUGCGGUACCCUUUUGUUGAGGAAACCGAUAAUAUGGUAUAUAAGCGGUACUUACGGAACCCUAGCUAGUCCCCCGAAUUGGAAAGAUACUUAUCUUUUACCG